GAUUGUCAUGUGGUAGAUGAGGCAACCCUUGAGGAAGAUGAGAGCCAGGACUACCAACUGCUGUCAGUGACAGAGAAUGAGACCUCCACCACCAUGCUGUUCAAACGUCACCUCCGGACAUGUGACCCAAAUGAUCUGGAUAUCACAAUGGACACAGCACGCCUCGUUACUGCCUUUGGUACUGAUGACACAGUCCAACUCUUUAAAGGCCAAAGAUUUUCCAAGUCUCUUUUCUUGAUGAGGUACAGAGCCCCAUCUGACUCAACCAACGCCAAAAUAUUCUUCACCUAUGACCUGAGGCUGGACAAUUUUGCUGUUCCAGUUGAAGAAACCAAGUAUGCCUGUACCUUUAUCCCACUGCCCAUAGUCAAGCAGAAACACCAUAUCUACAAGUUCGAACCUGUAAUAACACCCCACCACAUAACCUUGGUUCAUCAUAUUCUUGUUUAUGGAUGUGGCAACGCCAGUGUGUUACCCAGUGGCAUAGAUGAUUGCUAUGGAGCCAAUCCAGAUUUUGCCCUGUGCUCUCAGGUGCUUGUGGGCUGGGCUGUUGGAGGAGAGUCUUAUCAAUUUCCAGAUGAAGCUGCAAUUUCCAUAGGGACACUGUGGGAUCCUCAGUACAUCCGACUAGAAAUCCAUUACAGCAAUUUUGACUUGUUACCAGGCACCACGCAGAUGAAUGGGAUGCUGGUUCCAUAUCUGCAUGUCUUUGCCUGCUUGCUUCACACCCACCUGUCUGGCAGAGGAGUGAAAGCUGCUCAAUACCAGAACGGUGAGCAGCUGGGGAUCAUCUGUGAGGACAAUAACUAUGACUUCAGACUGCAGGAAAUUUGGGACAUGAAGGAAAUCCUCAUUAUCAAACCGGGGGAUGAGAUCCUGGUCGAAAGCAACUUUCAGACACUGGAUCGGUCAGGGAUUACUUUUGGUGGGCCAAGCACCAUGAAUGAGGUGUGUCUCACAUUCCUCUUCUACUACCCCCGUAACAACAUCUCCAGUUGUAUGGGCUACCCUGACAUGUUGUAUAUUGUGCAUAUACUCAAGCAGGAGGCCUCAGAUGCAGUGGAAGGCAUGAUGGCCAUGGACUUUGCUGACUGGGAUAAUGAGACUGUCAAAAUUGCAGAGAAAGCAGCCAAGGAGGCAGAUCAAGUAGUCAGGAUUAAAACCAUUAAU